CUGUAUUCACUCCAGUGUCUGAGGAGGAGCAGACCACUCUGAUUCCCUUCCCUCUCCUCCCCUCCCUCCUCCUUCCUUCCCCUUCUUCCCCUCAUUCUUUCUGUCUCUCUUUCUCUCUCCCUGUUUCUCUAUGAUUUGGUCUUUCAUUCUCUGGAAAAUAAAUGAUGGUAGGUCUGAAGUUCUAGCAAAAGAUUUAAUGUACAAAAGUAUUUUUAGAUAUUCAGCUGUACGGGCAUUAUUGUUUUACCUCCUUGGCUUUAUUCAUCAGUUUUGGACAUGACAGCAUUUAAAAGGUUAAUGCCCAUUUUCAUGGCUGUUGGCUGCCUUAUUAGUCAUGGAAAGACACAGCAACAGUGCUCAAAUGGGUUUGAGAUGGAUCGUGCCUCAGGCCAAUGCUUAGAUAUUGAUGAAUGCCGCACUAUUGCUGAGGCCUGUAGAGGAGAUAUGGUGUGUGUCAACCAAAAUGGGGGCUAUUUAUGCAUUCCACGGACAAAUCCUGUCUAUCGAUCCCCGUAUUUGAACCCUUAUGCAUACCCGCCACCUCCAGCCCCAGCUCCUGCUCCCAAUUAUCCUACCGCUGGAAGAGCUCCUCCCAUUUGUCGGUUUGGGUAUCGAAUGAAUGAAAACAACCAGUGUGUAGAUAUUGAUGAAUGUGCAACUGAAUCACAUCAGUGCAACCCUACCCAAAUCUGCAUCAACACUGAAGGAGGAUACACUUGUUCCUGCACUGAAGGAUACUGGCUUUUAGAAGGCCAAUGCUUAGACAUAGAUGAAUGUCGCUAUGGAUACUGUCACCAGCUAUGUGCCAAUGUACCUGGCUCCUAUUCCUGUACCUGCAACCCAGGAUUUGUCUUGAACGAAGAUGGAAGAUCAUGUCAAGAUGUGAAUGAAUGUACAACUAACAAUCCUUGUGUACAAAACUGUAUCAACACUUAUGGAUCAUUCCUUUGUCGUUGUGACCCUGGCUAUGAGUUGGAGACCGACGGCAUUAGCUGUACUGAUAUGGAUGAAUGCAGCUUCUCAGAAUUUCUCUGUCAGCAUGAAUGUGUUAAUCAGCCAGGUAGUUACUACUGUUUCUGCCCUGCUGGUUAUGUUCUUCUUGAGGACACUCGAUGCCAAGAUGUUAAUGAAUGUGAGGUUGGGAAUCACACUUGUACCGUGCAGCAAACAUGUUUUAAUGUCCAAGGAGGAUUCAAAUGCCUAGACCCAGUAAGAUGCGAGGAUCCUUAUAUCCUGAUCAAUGAAAAUCAUUGUAUAUGUCCAACUGAAAAUCCUAGCUGUAGAGACCAGCCAUUCACCAUCCUGUACAGGGACAUGGAUGUAUCAGGACGUACUGUGCCCUCCGACAUAUUUCAGAUGCAAGCAACCUCACGCUACCCUGGUGCUUAUUACAUCUUUCAGAUCAAAUCAGGAAAUGAAGGCAGAGAAUUCUAUAUGCGGCAAACUGGACCUAUCAGUGCCACGCUUGUGAUGACUCGUCCUCUGAAGGGGCCACGUGACAUUCUGUUGGACCUGGAGAUGGUCACUGUUAACACUGUCAUCAAUUUCAGAGGAAGUUCCGUCAUUCGACUGAGGAUUUAUGUCUCACAAUAUCCCUUCUAAACCUAGACUGGUAUCGCUUUCUCUAAAACAACCACAGCAGCAGCUGAAAAAGGACCAUUUUCUGCCCAAACCUUUUUCUCAGGAGUCAGUUCUUCUAACAACUCAACAUGAAAUUAGUAUUAAAACAUGCUACAAUUGCUCAUAUUACAAUGAUCGGUCAGUGCUUCUUGUGGUUUAAAGGCACCUGAGCUUUGAAUUAUCAAUGGAUUCUAUAGAAUUAUUUUGUUUUAUUUUGCUCAUGAGUGUUAAGAUUCUUUGGUCUUGCUUUCCAAACUUUUUCUAAAAUGUGAUUAAAAGCUUUAAAAACUGUGAAGCUCUUCACUGUAAUGGCAAUGCUGUUUAGCCAAGACACUAGAGAACUGGGGAAAAGCUGGCUUCUACUGUUCUGCUUUCUAAAAAUGAAGGAAAAACAAGUAAAGCAUGCUUGUGGAACCAGGAAAGCAUCAGCCACUCUCUCAGAAAUGUUUAUGGAAUAACCUUACGUUCUGAACCCUGGAUCUGGGUCAGGGGGAAGAAUUCCUUAUUGGCCUUCCUUUAUUGUUUUUCCCCAGAUGGAAAGGUUUUGCUUAUUUCCAGGCCAGGAAAUUGACUGCCUGGAGAUUAUGGCCAGAAUCCAAACCAACUACAGCUAUUACACCUGCCUAAGAGAACUCUGCGCUUGUACUUCUUGAAUAUACCCACCUAUACCCUAGGCAACCUGUUCUUAAAAUACAGAUAAUUUUCAAAACCAGCUUGUACCAUGGCAUGUCAGGUUGAAUGCUCAACUUGAAAAACUUUUUUUUAAAGUCCUAUCAGGCACAAGAAAUGUAUUGGGCACACAUCAAAAUAACUCUUUGGAUACUGACUAUUAUGGGUAGUAUGCACUUAAUGGCAUACAUAUUUAUUGAAAAAUAGGCCAUUAUGUUCUAUAUUUAUUCUAGGCCCAUUUCACUAACAGUCACGAAGCAGCCUACUGCUGUGUAAUGAUUGUUCAGUAUGAAGUCUGGGAAAAAAAUCCAUACAUAUAGGUCAUAUUUUAGCAGCAUUAACAGAAACAUUUUUUAUUCUUAAUUUUAUUAAGCAUCAUUUUAUAUUACUCUUCUUCUCUUUUCUGCAUAGGAAAAGCAAUGCAUCUGCGAUCUAAGAAAAAAGAUAUUCAGGCUGGUAGUAAGCAUAGCUCAACAGAAGAGUAUCUAAGUUCCUAGCGUAGCCCCCAGCGUUUCCAGUUAAAAGACCUCAGGAAGCAGAAUGGGAAAACUUCUAUCUAAUGCCUCAAAGAACUGCCACAAGCAAGCCAGCCAUUACAGGGCUAAAUGGACCAGUGGUUUAACCUUGAAAAAGGCAGCUUUUUCUGCAUAUUAAAAAACCAGAUGUUCUGUAUCCAGUGAUGUGUGUCCCAAAUAUAGGUAGUCCUUGAUUAACAAUCACUCAUUCAUAACUGCUUGAAGUUAUGAGGGUGCUGAAUGAGAUGACUUAUGGCUGGUCCUCAAAGUUGCGCCUACCAUAGCAUCCCUGUGGCCAUGUGAUUGCAAUUCGGGCACUUGGCUACCAGCUCGCAAUUACAAUGGCUGCAGCAUCCCGCAGUCAUGUGAUCACCAUGUGCGACCAUCACUGUUGGCUUCUGACGAGCAAAGUCAGUGGGGAAGCCGGCAGGAGGUUGCAAAUGGCGAUCACGUGGCAUCACACGUAACAGCUGGUGGGAUUUGCCUAACAACCACAACUGGAACUGCUGGAAUGAGACAUCACACUUUACAACGGUGUCGCUUAGCAAUGGAGUUCCCGGUCCCAAUUACUGUUGUUACCCAGAACUACCUGUAGACAUUAUGUUGUAGCAUCAUGCAUGCAUUGGGCGCCUUCCUGGCAACUGCCUGGGCCAGCCCCUGCAGUUUUCUUGGCAAGAUUUUGGAACUGCUUUGCCAUUGACAUUU